AUGGGCACUGAGAACCUCACUGUUGCUCUAAUAGCCCCUACUACUGACAACCUACUAUCUGUGUCACAAGAAACUGUUGUUGGGCUCUUUAUGGAGAAUGUGUAUAAACUGCAUGGGCUACACAAGAACAUUGUCUCUGAAAGAGACAAAAUAGAUGGGCAAACAGAGAGGGUGAACAAGUGUGUGGAGGGAUAUCUGAGGUGUAUGGUUUUUCAAAGGCUUAAGUCUUGGAAAGGAUGGCUGCACUUGGCAGAAUGGUGGUACAAUACCAACUACCAUUCAGGCCUCCAGUGCACCCCAUUUCAGGCCCUCUAUUGUUAUGCUCCUCCUCUCAUGGGCUACAACUUGAACACAAUACAAGGAGGGCUCCCAUGGCUCACUAAGAGGAACAUUGUGCUGGCAACUUUAAGGGAAAACCUCCUACAGGCCCAAAACAGGAUGAAAUUACAAGUUACUCUAGCCAUUAGAAGUAAUCUCAAGCUGUCCUCCAAGUAUUAUGGACCAUAUCAAGUCAUUGAGAAGAGUGGAGUGACUGAAGAGAGGAAAAAGAAGAAGAAUCUAGAUCUGAGAAUUCGAAGUUAA